UGUGUUUCCAACAGCAGUUAACACCCUUGUUAUGUUUACCGUUUUCUGUAAUCAAACCUAUCUUAAUCGACAUACGUGAUAGAGAAAUUAAACUAGCACACUUUAUCUGUAGGCCUAGCGUUUAGUUGUAUCAGAUUGCUGGUCUUGACCAAGGAUAGAUAUCAAGGUCUCUUAACCAUGAAAUACAGUAGCACAAGGGGUGGCGUCAGCGACGUUACGUUUGAAGAGGCCUUGUUUACCGGAUAUGCGGCUGACGGCGGGAUUCUGCUUCCGGUGAGUAUUCCAACCGUGAACAAGGCGACGCUGGAAAAGUGGAGGGAGCUUUCGUUUCAAGACCUGGCGACUGAGAUUGUUUCUCUCUUCAUUUCUGAAACAGAGAUUCCGAAGGAGGAUCUUCAAUGCCUGAUAAAGAAUGCGUACGCAUCUUUCUCCGUUCCGGAAGUAGCGCCGGUCGCUAGACUGAAGGAUGACGUCACAAUUCUGGAACUUUUUCACGGGAAGACGUGGUCAUUUAAAGACGUUGCCAUGUCGUGCGUGGGGCAGUUCUAUGACUAUUUCUGUUCAAAGAGAAAACAACAUUACACUAUUGUCGUGGGUACUUCCGGUGACACCGGAAGUUCCGCCAUCGAGGCUGUUCGGGGGUUGGAGUGGGUGGACAUAGUGGUGUUGCUGCCCAGGGGGCGCUGUGCAAAGGUCCAGGAGCUACAGAUGACCACCGUGCUCGAGGACAACGUACACGUGUUCAGAGUGGACGGUACCUCGGACGACACGGACCUCGCCAUUAAGCCGCUGUUCAUGGACGCGGAGUUUCGAACACGCCACCGCCUGACCAGCAUCAACUCGAUCAACUGGUGUCGGAUCAUGGUGCAGGUCGUGCACUACUUCUACGCGUAUUUUCAGAUGAGCAGUGACGUAGACUCACCAGUAGAGAUUGUGGUACCAACUGGUGCCUGUGGAAACGUCACAGCUGGCUGCAUCGCCAGCAAGAUGGGUCUGCCUGUGCGGCUCGUGUGCGCGGUCACGUGCAACGACAUAGUGUCACGUGCGCUGUCGAGUGGAGACUACAGCGUCUCGCAGACGGUCACGCCGACACUGGCGCCCGCUAUGGAUAUUCAGGUUCCAUAUAACAUGGAGCGGAUCUGGUAUAUAUUCAUCUUUAGGUUCCAUAUAACAUGGAGCGGAUCUGGUAUAUAUUCGCUGACGGUGACACGGCACUUAAUCAACAAGUUAAUGUCGGAGUUCGAGUCUACCGGAAGUGUGCAAGUUCCGGAAGCUCUAGCCAAUAAGAUAUCAGCUGUGAUAACAGACGCGCACGUGGUCAGUGACGACACUGUGACGUCAACAAUGGCACGGGUCUGGGCAGACAACUCAUACCUGGUGUGUCCUCACACCGCCAUCGCCGUGGCGUACAGCCUCGAGAACAGAUCGAAGGGUGAAUCAAUCCCCAGAAUCUGCAUUGCCACUGCGUCGCCGGCCAAGUUCAAGGAGGCGGUGGACGCAGCCGGUAUCCCAUGGCAACAGGACGAGCGCGUGAGCAGACUGAUUUCACUUCCGGUGAGAUAUGAGGACAUGGAGCGGAAUGAGGACUGGUCUGAUAUACUUCGAAAGAAAAUCGUCGCUAUCAACACUCCGAAAUGUUAGAAUAAAACAAUUAUAUGCAUUAAACAUGCUAAAUUGUUAAUUACUUCUGCAAUAUGUUAUAUGUUGUUGAAAUUCCUUAACAUGUUGUAAAGUCUAUACAAAUAAAACGUUCAACAUUUA